AUGUCAUCUCCUAAGACAGCCGCUGCGACAGGGGCUAACGCUACACCGGCGGAGGGGUUCAAGGGGAGAGAUGACUUUAGGAGGGAGAAACAGUUACAAGAGGCCCGAAUGGCAGGUACGGCUGAUGCUGAAGUGGACGUCAACACGGGGAAGAUGAUUAACCCUCACAAUCCCCAAUUCAUCACUAAGGCCCCUUGGUACUUGGAACAGAAUCAGGGGCCCUCUCUGGCACAUCAACACGCUUGGAAUCUGAAGCAACAUGAUAACAAGGAUACGUACACUCGGGGGACCAAGGGGGACUUGAAAACUAAGUUCGCUAAAGGCGCUUGUGAAAAUUGUGGUUCUACUACGCACACUAAGAAGGACUGUUUCGAGCGGCCUAGGAAGAAAGGUGCCAAGUGGACUGGUCGAAAUCUGGCCUCAGAUGAUUAUGUUGAGAACCUCGAUAUGGACUAUGAUGCUAAACAUGACCGUUGGAGAGGGUAUGAUCCUAGUGAGUAUAUGGAGGUUAUAAAGAAUGCUGAUGAAGUCGAAGAGGCUCGCAAGAAAAAGGCCGAGGCGGAGGUGUCUAAGAGGCUGGCGGAGAAGAGGGCUGCUAGGCAGAGGCGACGGGAAGCAAUCGAGAGGAAAAGGGCGGCUAAGAAGGCUAAACUAGCUGAGGAGGGAGGGGAUGCUGCUACUGGGGAAAGCGAUGUCGACUCUGCUGCGGAUACUGAUUCUGAAUCAGAAGGAGAGGAAGACGCACUUGAUGAGGAAGGUGUGAAGGUGAAGGACUUCGAUGUUCAUGGUGCUGUGACUGAUGCCAAGGAUACCCAAACUCGUACCACUAGUCGUAACCUGCGUAUUAGGGAGGAUACUGCCAAGUACCUACUUAAUCUGGACCCUAAUUCGGCUUAUUACGACCCGAAGUCUCGGAGUAUGAGAGAGGACCCCUUUGCGAAAGGAGCGGCGGGAGAUUCCCUGUAUGCUGGUGACAACUUCAUGAGGGAGACGGGCCAGGCUGGGGAGAUGAUACAGCAGAGGGCCUUCGCUUGGGAAGCUUAUAAGGAGGGCAUUAAUGUUCAUGAUGUGGCUAACCCGACUUUGGCGGCUCAUAUGUAUAAAGAGUAUAAGGGGAAGUCUAAGGAUGUCCAAAGUGAAGAGAAGCAGAAGGUGUUGGAGCGGUAUGGUGGCGAGGAGCAUCUGCAUAUACCUGAUAAUGUCCUCAACGCUGAACAGGAGACCUAUGUGGAGUAUGAUCCAGUGGAUGGCUCGGUGAUUAAAGGUGCUGAGAGGGCUCUGCGGAAGUCAAAGUAUGUGGAGGAUGAGCAUGAGCUGAACCACAGUAGUGUGUGGGGUAGUUGGUUUGACAGGGCCAAGGGGAAGUGGGGCUACAAGUGCUGCCAACAGACCCUCCGGAAUGCGUAUUGUACGGCUUUACCGUCAGAGGGUACCAAAGCUUGAACUACUCCUCCUCUC